AAAGCUCUGGUUACGUGAGAGAAAGAGAGAUAGUGAGAUAUCAGAGUUUGUGAGGUGUUCUAGGAAGAAAAGGGAAAUUUUCCAAGAAGCAAGAAAUUUAUAUGUUUUUGAUAAACGAAUUCUCAAUUUCCAAUUUUCUUUCAAUUCAUCUGGCUCUAACCGGUCAACUGGAAGUGUGUUAGUUUGUAACUACGAAAAGGAAUCUCAACGUAUUCAUUAUUCUGUAACGAAAAUUAGAAAAUAAAAUGGCGUAUUGAAGAGCAAUGGUGGACAAUUGAAAUUUUCUAGUUUGAGUUAAGAUUAAAGAUACGACAAUGGAAGAUAAUUCGCUCAACCAUCAGAACGGUGUAGGACAAGUUGUGAAGCAAGUUAGUGCAGUAAGCAACAACAAAGAAAAUGAUGAAACAUCAGUUAAAGCACAAUAUUCGAUACCCGGAAUCUUACAUUUUAUCCAACACGAAUGGGCUAGGUUCGAAUUAGAAAGAUCCCAGUGGGAAGUCGAUAGGGCCGAAUUGCAGGCCCGCAUAGCUUUUCUUCAGGGGGAGCGUAAGGGUCAGGAAAACCUGAAGAAUGAUCUCGUUCGUCGAAUAAAAAUGUUAGAGUACGCUCUCAAACAAGAGCGCAGUAAGUUUCACAAACUCAAAUAUGGUACAGAUCUGCAGCAGGGCGAUAUGAACCCUCCACCACUGGAUGAAUCGUCGAACGAGAACCAGUUGGACGCUGAUCAAACCUACAUUUCCGUUACAAAUUCCACCUGGAAGCAGGGGCGCCAACUUCUACGGCAAUACCUACAGGAAAUUGGUUACACAGAUAGAAUAAUUGAUGUGAGAUCCACCCGGGUCAGAGCUCUGCUGGGUCUGAACAACAACGGGGAACAGGAGGAGAACCACAACGGUAGCUCUCUAAACGGAAGCGAAUCCAACAAGAGGCCAAGCGAAGGUCAAGGGAGAAAACCCUUCAAGAAGGAACGACCGGGUUCUUUGGCUGAGGCGAUGAUGAUCGAGGCCGAGCAAGCCGUGAUGGCCAACAUGGAAUUCCUCACCAAUUCCGAGAUGGAAAUGGACGACGACGAGGACAUUAUCAACGAGAAGGAUGUGGAAACGAUGGAGGAGACCGAUGAUGAUGUUAAGGCAGGGAGGAAAAAAGGCAAAAGUGAGAGAUUGUGCAGCGACUUCGACUCUAAAGCGAUGGAAGUCAUCAAUGAAAUCACCCAGCUCUUCGAUUCCGAAGAUGACAACGACGAGGGGGAUCAGGGGGACUGGAACCAAGGUUACCAAACUACGAUACAGAAAAGACCCAUGGACCCCGUGGUCAACGAGGAGAUCAACAGCAGCCUGGAGGCCACCCUUGGCCUCGGCGAACUGGCCCAGCUGACCGUCAAUAACGACGCCGAGAACACCUACGACAUGGCCACGAGCAAAGAGGCGUUUCGGAAGACCUGGAACGCCAAGUACACGCUGCGCAGCCACUUCGACGGCGUCAGGGCGCUCGCGUUCCACCCGACCGAACCCGUUCUGAUAACCGGCAGCGAGGAUCACACCCUCAAGCUGUGGAAUCUGCAGAAGACGGUGCCGGCCAAGAAGUCCGCCUCUUUGGACGUGGAACCGCUGUAUACCUUCAGGUGUCAUAACAAACCGGUCCUCUGCCUGGCCAUAUCCGGUUCGGGCGACUACUGCUACUCCGGCAGUCUGGACUCGGCAAUUCACGUCUGGAACGUGCCCAAUUCGAACAUCGACCCUUACGAUCAGUUCGAUCCGGAGAUACUGUACACGACGCUACACGGGCACACGAACGCGGUCUGGGGCCUGUCCGUCUUGAGUUCCAAACAGCAGCUGUUAUCCUGCUCGGCCGACGGCACCAUCAAGCUGUGGGUGCCUCACAGCGAGGUCCCCCUGCUGAACACCUUCACGUCGGAGCAGGACGGCGUGCCGUCGAGCGUCGAUUUCAUACGCGACCAUCCGAUCCAGAUCGUCGCGUCGUACAACAGCUCGCACAGCGUCAUCUUCGACAUUGAGACGGCGAAGCCGGUCGUCCGACUGGAGUCCGGCCAGGAGCAGGCGAACGCCGCCAACAAGAUGAUCAACAAGAUCGUGUCGCAUCCGACGCUGCCGCUCACGAUAACCGCCCACGAGGACCGUCACAUCCGGUUCUGGGACAACAUGACGGGGAAGAUGGUGCAUUCUAUGGUCGCGCAUCUGGACGCCGUCACCAGCCUGGCGGUGGAUCCCAACGGGCUCUACCUUCUGUCAGGUUCACACGAUUGUUCGAUAAGACUGUGGCACUUGGACAACAAGACUUGCGUUCAGGAGAUCACUGCCCAUCGAAAGAAAUUCGAUGAGAGUAUCCUAGAUGUCGCUUUCCAUCCGUCGAAACCUUAUAUAGCGAGCGCAGGAGCAGACGGUCUCGCCAAAGUGUUUGUGUGAAUAUAUGCAGUUAGUUGAACUUCGUAAAAAAUAACUCAAAUAAAAAAAAAACAGUGAAUAUUGAUAGAAUCGGGCCAAUCUCCAGAUGUAUAAGUAGAGGGUCUCGUCCCAGUUAAAAUUUGGUAUCGUUGGAAAUAAAUCGAUCAGGGAGAUGAUUGAGUUUUCUCUUGAGAGAGUUGCAAAUGGUUAUUUUAAUUAAAUUAUGUUAUUUUUUAGUUUGUGCAGUUUUCAGCGCACAAAUUAUUUCCGACUUGAUUGUUUCAAAACGGGGAAUAGUCUGAUCGAAAUAGCAACUAACGAAUUCUAUAACCUCUUUCUAUAUUUUAGUGGAUUGAUUUCUAGUCAUCUCAAAUCUCACAUGUUUCGAAGUAACCUGUUCGUCAGGUGAUUUAUUUUUGUAUGUCUCAACUAAACAUUGAAUACCUGAAACUAAAAUCGACGGAAAUGGCGGCGUUUACUCGAUUUUCGAUUGGUUUAUUUUUGUUCUUUUUGUGUGGAAAUUGUUUUCUGAUGAAACUUUCCCUCCCUCAUUCUUGAGCACUGCAGUGUUGCUCUUCGAAUCUACUACUUUGGAAAUUGCUGAUUGAUAUAAUAUGGAAAAGGUGAUUUCUAUGGGGAAAGUUAUGGUACCAGGUACUGUCACUCGAGUGAUGACAGCUGUCAAACAGAAAGGUCCAGUGAACGCCGCCCUUUCUCUCGUUCGCAAAUAAAACCAUAAUCUAUUUUAGUUUCGAGUAAAAAAGAAACUUGCAAGCAGAGAAGUUGGAAAAUAUUGACAUUGAUUUUCUACAUCACUCGGCGUUCAAUGAAUUGCAUCCAUGGAGAGGGGUCGUGGUCUAGAUACCUAUUAUAAUACUUCAUUUAUUCAUUCGUAGAAUUAGUUGUACAUAUAACUAGAUAUAUUCUUAUGGUUUGUAUAUAAUAGGUAAAUAAUUACCUCUGAUUCCAUUUCUUUUGUAUAUAAUUUUUGUUUCUAAUUUAAAACUUCCCUUUUUUAUAUGUAAUUUCGUUUGCAUUUGCUGUAUUGAAUGUAAAUAAAUAAUCACUGUGCUUGUACUCACUACUGGAUAAGUCAUUAAUUCUAGUCGUUUCAGCCUUUUUUCUCUCCUUGGUGAUCAGAUGAGUGCGUAAACUAAAAGUGCCAAAUUAUGUCUAGGGUGGUUCUAUGAAAUUUGAAAGGUUAUGUUCUUGCGCACAUCAACUUUCAAAAUUAUCACACGAAUGGUUCGUUAUUCAUCAUACUAUUUGAAUGUUUUCGGUUUAAAACUCAACCAUAAAGCAUUGACGGUUGAAGUUAAAUGCCUGUAGGGCACUUCAAUCUAACGAAUUGUCAACGGUUACGUUAGUUACCGAGGGGCAAGCAAAUCGUUUCUUAGAAACGUGUUUUUUGUCUUACGGUAACCAAUAGCAACCACCGAUUUUGACAGUUGUUUAGAUUGAUACACAAACAGUUUACAUCUGCCUCGCACUACUCUUGUAGUUUAAAUUUGUGUUAAAUCCUUAAAACACGUUGUAGAUGCUGAUAGUAGAACAAUUUAGCGGUUGGCUUAGCAUAUUGAAUACGUGUAGGAUCGAAGUGUUCGUAAUAAUUUUCUGUACGUGAUUGUUAAUUCAACUCACUGCCUGUAAAUCUGUAAAACUAUCUUGUUUUUACUAAUGUUAUAAUAAAUUUAAGCCCUUAAUAUUCGAUCUUCUCAUAUGCAGUGUGAAAUAUGCGGUCCUUGCGAAUGUUUCAGGGGGAGAAGUUGAUGCAGAACAUUUUCUACCUCGGUCAUGUUUUUUAAUUAAUUAUUGUGCUCAAUUUGAAUCGGCUAAAGACUUAAAUUCUAACAACCUCAAAAAAUUCCGAGACAGUUUAAGUAUAUCGAAUCUGUCAAAAGUUCUAACCUCAAUCAACAUUCUGUUAGCAGCAUAAAUUCACUGAGAUGUGUCUGACCCUCCACGAAAGCUCAAAUGACUAGAAGUGAUGAAUUUACAGCUGAACAAUGUUAACUAUUGAAUAGGUACAGGUUUCCUACAUUAGGAGCGGUUCAACUCCAAAAUGAUGUGAAAUUGUAUGUAUAUUACAAAGUGAACAUUACAAUAGCUCUACUCUAUAAGAAUGUUACGCUCUUGGUUUCGAUAUUAGGAUAUCUAGAUUGAAUAAAUGUUUUUCGUUUUUCAACACAAUGACAUAUUUUUAACUUUGUAUAUUCAUGGAUAAUCGCAUUUUUUACAAUUUGAUUGUGAUAAUUUAUUUUAUGAGUUUCAGUAUAUGAUAAACUUUUCUUGUAACUACUCAAAAUAUAAUGCUAUUAUUUCGAAA